CCCUGCCCGCAUGAACGUCUCUUCAUGGCCCAACAUCCCUUGAAAGAAAAGUGUUGGCUUCAGCAUGUUGCAUUGACUCCUGCAGUACUGCAUACCUACGCACAUCCACAAUUCUAGAACAUACCAAAUACAAAUAAACAAAAAGGAUACGAAGCCCUCCUCUCCUCCCGACCCCACGUGACGCCGUGCCACCCGCAACGGGUCGUUCAAGUGCAUCCAUUACAUAGGGACAAAUUGUUUUCGGAUUCUGCUUCCGUCAACAGAAAAAACAGAGGGGAUAACUUUUUGGAAUUCAGCCCAGUGGAAUUCUGGUUCACUCUCCUAUCUGUCCUCCUAGGCUAGCAACGUCUUUUUUUUCUCUCUCUCUUUCCCUCCAUCCCUCUGUUCCUUUCUAUCCAGAAGGGUUACAAGGGUGAAUUUACUGAAGAUACAAGGUAAGGGGGCAUCCUGAAUACAUCUACACGGUGUUACCCUGAUGAAAGUAUCAGGUACACGGUAACCACGGCAACAUCUCUGAGGAUGUAUAGCUUCAUGGGAGGGGGCCUGUUCUGUGCCAUCGUGGGGAACAUCCUCCUGGUGGUCUCCACCGCUACAGACUACUGGAUGCAGUACCGCCUGUCGGGCAGCUUUGCCCAUCAGGGUCUGUGGAGAUACUGCAUGUCCGGGAAGUGCUACAUGCAGACAGACAGCAUCGCAUAUUGGAAUGCCACACGGGCCUUUAUGAUCCUGUCUGGGAUGUCGUGCUUCGCAGGCAUCAUCGCGGGCAUUCUUUCCUUUGCCCACUUUUCUGCCUUUGAGAAGUUCAACCGCUCCUUUGCUGCAGGGAUCAUGUUUUUCAUCUCCACGUUAUUCGUUCUGCUGGCGAUGGCCAUCUACACCGGUGUGACGGUCAACUUCCUUGGCAAGCGCUUCGGUGAUUGGCGGUUCUCCUGGUCCUACAUACUGGGAUGGGUGGCACUGCUCAUGACCUUUUUUGCAGGGAUAUUUUACAUGUGUGCCUAUAGAAUGCAUGAAUGCAGGCGAGGUGGAGGCCCUGGUCGCUAGAGAGUAAGACACAGAAAGCUAUGCAAACUGGUUUUACAAAAAGGACAAUUUUACACUGAAUUCAAGACCAUGUUUAUCCAGAGAGGCUAACGUGAAACUAAACCCCUGUGACCAAAUGAGUAUUCAUCCCCCUGGUGCUUCCAAUGGAUUUCCUGGAUAAACAACGGUUUGAUUGCAUUAAUACAAACAAUAGUUUUUGUUUUGCCAUUUACAUGAAAAGGAAAAUGUAUAAAACUUAAUUUACACUAACUUUAUUAUCUAUGUAUAGGACAGGAAAAUAUGUUUAAAAUGUCUUACUACAAUGGUUAUGAAAUCUCCUCAGAGCCCUUUUCAAAAGCAUGCAUGUGUUAUAACAACAUGCAUUUUGUACAUGCAAAUAUAGUUUUCAUUAGGAAAAACAGGCAGGUGGAGCCGUGCUGACUUGACAAGUUUUCAUAUUUUCCAAUAAAGUUCUUCUCUAAAAGUGU